AUACGAUUCGGUUUGGUCCGAUCUGAUAUGGACCAACCCAUUACCCAUCUCUACUCUCUAAAUCCCGCGAGACAUGAUAGUUAAAGGCACUUUAACUUCCACGCUCACUUGGUACAAAAAUUAAGAAAAUCAUGCAUAAAGUCCGACCAAUAAAUCUUGAACUUUGUUCACUAAAAAUAUUAAAGGGAAAAUCAAAAGCUUAUGUUGAUAAUAAUAAUUAUUAUAAUAAUAAUAAUAAUAAUAUUUAGUCCUUGUAGGUGGUAUUUAUAUUUAUAAAGUACGCGCGCACGAAUGCUAAAUGAUUGCUUGAGUGGACCUUUAUAAUUGGCAUUUUAAUAUUGUCCAAAAUAGCAGACAAGAAAAAGCAGAGCAAUUAACCACAUUUUUUUACAAACAAUAAAAUUAUUUUGUCACUCCACCCCAACCUUGUUGGGAAAAAAUCCAAAAAUACCACUGUUUAAAAAAAAAAUUCCAAAAAUACCACCCAACUCCAAAAAUUUCCAAAAAUACCACCCUUUUUCAAAAACCGCCACCCCACACUGCGGUUUACACGAAAACCGUUUGUCGGAGGCGCGGUUUUCUAUGCAAACCGCGGGCCUAGGGAGCGGUUAUAAAAAUAAAAAUUUUUUUUUGACUAAACCGCUGGGUGGGGUGGCGGUUUGACCCAAAACCGCCACCCCACCGAGCGGUUUGGUCCAAUUGUUUUUUUUUUCCCAAUCAACUCCUAACUUCGGCCGAAACUUCAAACGAACGUAACUUUUCACUCGGGUAUCCGAUCGUAGCGAUUUUUUUUUUCAUUUCGCAUAACUUUUCAAGAUCUACAACUUUUACUAGGAUGAAAUUUUCAAAACGGGAACUAUUUGUGGAUAUACGGGACCUUGGGAAUAACUUUACCUUUACUUUUCACAAAUCCAUGUAUAUUUUGAAAUUAUGAUUAUAUUAAAAGUUGUAGAUCUUGAAAAGUUAUAUUGAAUCAAAAAAAAUUUCAUGAUAUUCGGAUUUUGGAGCACAAAGUUAUGGCCGCCUAAAGUUUGACGAAAUAAAAAAAAGGCUCGUUCGGGGUGGCAAAUGACGUUUUUUCGAGACGAAAGCGGGACCCGGCGAGGCUUGCAAGAUCUCAAAAAGUUAUUCGGAUUCAAAAAAAGGAGGCCCCAAAGUUUGACGAAAUGGAGGCCGCAAAGUUAUUCGGAUUCAAAAAUGGAGGCCCCAAAGUUUGACGAAAUGCGAGACCCGGCAGUAUGCGGCUUGCAAGAUCUCAAAAAGUUUGCGGCCUCCAUUUUUUGAAUCCGAGUAAAUUUUUGAGAUCUUGCAAGCCGCAAACCGCCGGGUCCCGCCUUCGUCUCGAAAAAACGUCAUUUGCCACCCCGAACGAGCCUUUUUUUGAUUUUGUCAAACUUUGGGCGGCCAUAACUUUGUGCUCCAAAAUCCGAAUUUCAUGAAUUUUUUUUUGAUUCCACAUAACUUUUCAAGAUCUACAACUUUUAAUAUAAUCAUAAUUUCAAAAUAUACAUGGAUUUGUGAAAAGUAAAGGUAAAGUUAUUCCCAAGGUCCCGUAUAUCCACAAAUAGUUCCAUUUUUGAAAAUUUCAUCCUAGUAAAAGUUGUAGAUCUUGAAAAGUUAUGCGAAAUGAAAAAAAAAUCGCUACGAUCGGAUACCCGAGUGAAAAGUUACGUUCGUUUGAAGUUUCGGCCGAAGUUAGGAGUUGAUCGAAAAAGGAAAAAAAAAUUGGACCAAACCGCUGGGUGGGGUGGCGGUUUUGGGUCAAACCGCCACCUCACCCAGCGGUUUGGUCAAAAAAAAAAAUUUUUAUAACCGCUCCCUAGGCCCGCGGUUUGCAUAGAAAACCGCGCCUCCGACAAACGGUUUUCGUGUAAACCGCAGGGUGGGGUGGCGGUUUUUGAAAAAGGGUGGUAUUUUUGGAAAUUUUUUGGGUUGGGUGGUAUUUUUGAAAUUUUUUUUUUAAACAGUGGUACUUUUGGAUUUUUUCCCUUGUUGCGACCUUAAACCCACUACUGGAAUUGGUAAAAGACGAUUAACAGAUUAAGAAUGAACCUUAUACUCUAUUAGUAGCACAAUUCUUCAAAUAAAAACUGAUCCAAUUAUUUUUUCCAAGGAACGAACCUUGAAUUGAAAUAAAAAAAUCUUACAAGCCCACAAUAUGUCAAAAGAACAACAGAAUAUCUUCAUGUCUUGAGGAUUCUUCUCCAUUAAUAUAUAUGGUAGAGGUAGAGUUUUGUGUAAUUUUCUCCAUUUCAAAUUUUUUAAAACGAAAAUGAAAGUAGGAAUGACGUUUUUGUCUGUAUAAUUAAUUAAUUAUUUCAAAUAAAAAUAUCAAUACAAAGUAGGAAUGACAACAAUCAUAAUAAAUUACACUAAAUAAAUUUGUUAUUUCUAUUUGAAUACAAAACAUACACUAAGUUAAACUCUGGAAAGUGAAUGACUUUUACAUCAUCAUCAACAAGUUCACUAAGUCUACCGUAUGCAUUUUAUGGUGCUUAAUACUUCAAUUUCCAUAGUAGAGUUUCAUGUAAUUUUAUCCAUUUUAAAAUUCAUGUUCUCUCCUUAAAUUUUUGCUUAGAUAAAUUUGUAAUUGGCUAACAUGGAAGAAACUAUUUCUUUUACUACGUGUUGUGUUAUUGCAUUUUUAAAUUUAAAUUUUGUGUUUUUUUUAUCUUUGUUCUUAUCUCUUUCUAACUUCCUCCGAAAGUCCCUCCAUUAUGCAAUAGUUUGGCCCUUUCACUUCCCAGUACAAGGGGGCAUUUAAAAAUUAAUCUUCCGGUUUCUUUUGGCACGACAGUUUUAUUCUUAGGGAUUUAAACUAGGCGAGUAGAAAAUUUCAAAUCCGAUAUCAAUCCAUAGCGAAUAAAAUGGAGUUCGAUCAAGUAGUUAUGGAUUUGAACUUGGAGUAGAAGAGUUGGAAUUGAGUUUGAGAAUGGAAGUGGUGGGGGAAGAAAUUGUGUUUGGAUUUGGUAACAGGUAAAGUUCCACUGCAGCAGGUGAAGGCGGAGAAGAGAGUACUGGGCGAAUUGAGGAUGGUAUUGAAAGACAUGGAAGCGAAACUGGAGUAGUUAAAGAGAGAGAAGUGAGAGAUGAUGAGGAUAGUAAUGAAAAUGGAGAGGGUAUUGAAGGGCAGGGAAGUGGACUGAAACAAGUGGAGGAAGACAAGGGGAAGAUGAACAUAUUGAUGAAAUUGGAGAUGAGUGUUGGUUUUAGCGAACUUAUUACAACUUCCCCUGAGGAAGAUGAGUUGGCAAAACACACGAAGAAGAUUGAGGAGUUGAAGAGCGAGUUGACAAGAACCCCAAUUGGAAGAGAAAUUGAGGGCCAUGGAGAGAAGGUCCAUCAAAGUAGCAAAAAUGGAGUUGCGGAAGGAGAGUUAAAAAGUGAAUGUUUGGUUGAAACAUAUGCCUCUUGAGAUUGAAGACGGAUUGGAUAAAAAUUUGGUUGUUCAACGGAGAGUGGUGGCUAUUGGCUCUUUAGGUUUAUGGUUUUUGCAGCUACCACAACCUAUUUCUAUCUUAAAACAAGGAAUCAUUGAUUGAUUUACUGAAGUAGGUCGAUUCUUUAUUCAACAUACUGAAACUGUUAGAUAAGGAGUGUCUAAUUUUGUGCCUUAUGACUUUGAUAAAGUCUAUUAUUAUAUUGGAGUUAACCCUAAUUUUGUCGUUUGCUCUCAAGUUUUGAUGGUUCCCUCUUAGCUUAGUUUUUAGUAGAUAGUUGACUUCAACCAACAACUCUCCAUUUCUUUUUUAUUAGUGGCAUAUUGUUCCUAAAAGGAGAGCAUUGAACCCUUUAUGUAGGAUUGUGAGGUUUCAGAUUCAGUUUCAAACAAUAUAUGGGUCGUGUGGUAAUUCCAGUGAGCUUUUAUAUUCUAUCUUUCUUGACAAUCAACUAACCAAUAUAAUAUUAUCAUUAUGAAAAUGAAAUCAAUGAUACAUUUUAUAUUUUAUAUUCUUAAAUGAUGAUGGUAUUUCUUCAAGUUUUUUACCUAUAUAUUCUUUCUUUAUAUGUAUCAUCUCGAUCGAAGGAUUGUCAAAAAAAAAACGCGUUGACAGACUUAAACUUAACAUAAAAAUAUAAAUAAUCAAAUAUGAACAUUUCGGCCAACGGCCCGGGUUAUAAGCUAGUUGUAAGAAUUUGAAUAUCCGACCAAAGAACAUUAAUAUUAUGUGAAGAACCAAUUCAUCUAAUAAAUCUAGUUUUUUUUAUGACAGAUCUUCAUAGAUUAAUCAUUCUACAAUUGUCCAUAAUACAUCAUAAUUUUCGGGUACACAUAAAUCAUCAUUAUCAUUUCAAAAUCUUAUAAAAAUUAUGGAUUGUAAUUAAACACAUACUCGUGGGUAUCUGACUAGCCUUCAACCCAAUUAACGCGGGAAAUCCCAAUAAUUCGGUUGGGGGCUGGUAUGUGUAAAAUUCACAAGUUUGAUGGAGAUUGUGCGGGUAUUGUUUUAGUCUCCACAUACUCAUACUCAUAUCCGCCCCACCCAGAGUAGUUCUUUAUAUAUGAAAAAUAUAAGGAUCAUGUCAAUGAUAUAAGGGUUAUUAAAAAAAUAUAGAGAGUUGAAAUGUAAUUGAGUGGUCAUACAAAACAAACCCUAAUUUAUCUAUCUCAGUUCGUUCUUCAUUCUUUCAAACCAAGGGCUAUGUACUUCAAUUCUCACCCUCUUCCGUACGUAAAAAUCUCCAUAUUUGUUUCCUAUGCUUUGUCAUAUGAAUUCAUGAAUGUUUUAAUUUUUUAUUGGUUUCAAGAUUUAUUAAUUUCUUUUAGUGUUAUAAUCAAAUAUCUACAUGUUAAAUUCUAGGUAUAGUAAUAUUAGAUAUAUAGAGAGUAUUAAUCCAUAAGUACCCGCAACCACAUUAUAUACGAGGACGGUGUUGCAAAACCUCCAGCCACGUGAGUAUGGGGUGGAUAAAUAUUUAAACAUUCAAUAACGGAAAUGAUUUAGAAAAACUCGCCACAUUGCCAUCCAUAAACUUUCAAUUCUUAAAAUUACAAACCCAUUAAUUAUCAAUCAUUUUUUGUCAAAUGACAAACGUGUUUUAUACGCAGUCAAAAUUCAUUGGAAAUUUUUGGAUAAUUGUCUUGAUACAUACGUGACAAUAUUAUUGGGUCGUCCUAGCUAGCAGCUGCUGCAUCUCUCGUCCAACAUAAUCCUUACGGCACGUUUAUAUAUACCUAUAUUCAGUCUUAUCAACAUCAAGAUUCCUGAUACAGAUUGUGACGAGAACAAUGAAAAUUCUCUAAUUAAUCUGGUUGCUUGGUUUCCAAAUCGCAGUCUAUAUACAUUGUGAACAGUUUUCCUGAAACUAAACCUGUAGAAUUUAAAGCAGCAAAUUGAUGCGGGGAAAAGCUGUUGCUCGAUUGAUGAAAGAAAAGAAUAAAAGAUUCCAUCUUUU